UGAGCGCUUCAAACACAGAGGGAGAGUCAAAAGUAUGCUGCUGCUGUUCAUCAGCUCUCACGUUACUUUCCGGGAACACUUCAGCUCUUCUCCGCGAGAUUACAACCGAGGAUCAGCCGGUUGGACGAUACAUUCAAGCAAAGUUGGACACUUCAAAGACUUUCAUUUUCAGUUUGCUGAAAAUAAUGACAAGUUAAUCCAACCUAAUUCUGUCAGAGGUCCCUUAGUACCUAAUGAGUCAGAGUUGUGACUAAAUAUGAGUCUAUUGUGACCAACCGCCACCUGUAAACACAACAGAAAUUGCUACAUCAAGGUGCUGACUUGAAACUAUGAAAGCAUCACAAUGUCAGCUAGUGAAUCCAAACUAGCCCCUCUUAUCAGAACACAUGACCUCAAGCUUGCAUGCGCCAAAUGCUCUGUCCAUGAGAGAGAAAUUACGUAUACAUUAAAAUCCGUCAACCACCAGUGUGCGCGCAGUCUCCUGCUCUGCAGAGGCAAAGGCGGCAGCAAGUGGAGGCCUGUUUCCAGGCGGCCUCAGUUUCCAAACCCGAGUCAAUAUGUGGUCUGUUACUACUUUAAAGAGGGCUUUGGUUGCACUCAGCACAGGAACCGAUGCACCUUUGCCAGAAGUGAGGAGGAAGCUGCCGUUUGGACGUUUGAAAAGCAUCACAGAUUAGAGCAUGUGCUUCUCUGUAAGCUUGUAGCUCAGUCUGAGAGAAGGUCAGAUCCACCUGAUAGCUCUGAACCUCUGGGUGACCUCUUGCUGACUCUAGAUUUGAAGGCUGCGUGUGAUCUGUGUGCUAUCAAAGAGAAGGAAAUAACAUACACAGUCCAGUCAGUGAGUCACAAGUGCAGGAGGAAUCUGCUUUUAGCCAAAGACAAAGCGUCCCACCAGUGGAGGCCGGUCUCUGAGCGGCCCAAUGGUGGAUUCUUUGGUCGAAAUGUUAUUUACCAAGUGUGCCACUACUUUGUUGAGGGCUCUGGAUGCACACAACACAGACAGGGGUGCACUUAUGCUAGAAGCUACGAAGAAGCCGAGGUAUGGAACUAUGUUAAAGACAAAAAAAUUGAUAGAUCUGAGUUAAUCAGACUUGUAACUGAGUCUGAGCCAAUUUUGACAGCAGAAAGUGCAGCCGAAAGCAUACUCCUUCAGUUUUCAGGUGAAUUUAUCGAGUUCUGCAAGGACUGCUUUCAUGAUCGUCCCCAAAAACUAACAACCAAACGGUGGAAUUCCACUUGCUCAGCAGAUGUGGCGCACACCUGGGACCCAGUCUUAGUUUAUCACCUGUCCGAGAAUAGUCGAAAGCACGUUUACAGUCAGGUGCGCCCUCUUCGCCAGAACUGUCAGUUCAAGUACUGCAGUCAUGUCAGGCAGGGCAAACCAUGCUGGCACGAGGCCGGACACUGCCAGUCUGCGCAGAGUGAGGUGGAGAUGGCUGUGUGGAAAGUGGAGCACAGUGGGCUCAACAUUCGGCCUCAUCUCCUCCAGCUGAGCCAGCGGGGGCAGGCGAAGCCUAGACAGGUCACCAUGUACUGCAAAGUUUGCCUGCUGGUCCUUAACUCCCCAGAGAGCUUCUAUAAGCACUGCACCUCUUUGGAGCAUGCGCAGCUACUCUCAGAGGACACCACCACCAAGUGGAGAGGACGACAGCCUCCGCACAACCAGCGCUUGGACUUUCAGCUUUGUGAGAGACCACAGACCUGUGAGUAUGGAGACAAGUGCCCAAAAGCUCAUUCUGAGGAAGAAUGGCAGGAGUGGAUGAUGCGUGCUAAAGAGGAGAGGGAGAUCAGACACAACAUUGGAGCCCAAGGUCUCAUGUGCUACAAUGAAAGGCUCUUGGAGGAAUACAAAAACAGCAGUAAUGAAGUACACAUUAUUUCAGAGCAAGUUGACGACGUCAGCAUCUCCUGUGAUGAAGAUUUAACUGUGGAGUGUGAGCAGGGCAAUACAACACUGAAAUGGAACUUCCAAGUUGAAACAGAGAGACAGCUUGUGCACGUGGCGCUGCUGAAGCAAGAACCAGGAGCAUCAUUCACCCUUGGUGACAUCAUUUCUGAACCCUGCAUCUACUCCGCAGGGGAAAACUUCCGCGGUGAAGACAUGACCUAUGACAUCACUGUGUCUUUCACAUCUAUCAACCCAGGAGUUUAUGACCAGUGGCUAGUGCUAGAUUUUGAUAUGAGACCAGUGCUUUUGAAGAAACUCAAAGUGAGAGUAGGCCAGCUGUCACUGGAUGACACUGAACAACCAAAUGUGAGCCGCAGAGUCACUUUCCAAAGCGCUAAGCGUUGGCAUCGAGGAAACAGAGUUAUCAUCCCGUGUUCAUCCAGGACAGAGGAACAGGAGGAGCUGUUAAAGGAGUACAAGCCUCCUCAGAUUAACUUUCAGUAUAAAUCCUCCUACAACAUCCAAACACCUCUGAACAAUGAGAACUAUAAAGAAAGAAUGCACCACUUCUUGUACAAUGAGGAACAUGCAGAGGACCAGGUUGUUUCAAGACUAAAUGUUUGUGGAGACAUUACAACACUGGACAUGUUGAACAAUCCAAAGUUUGGCCUGAUUAAUGCUCCUCGAGGGGAACUGUUCUGUGCUGUCUCCAUUCCUUGCAGUCUCACACCAGACACCCCAGAAGGGCUGGCACUAAAACGGAGCAUCCAAUCUGCCCUGAUCGGCCCUUUGUCUUCAAGUAGUCAAAACUCCAAGGUCUAUGAAGCCACCAUUCUGCAUGACACAACAAGUGACAACAAAAUGUAUUUGCAACUGACUAAAAAAUGUUGCUCAGAUCUUCACCUCAAUCGUAAUGAAUCUUAUCAAAUGGAGGUGCAGUUUCAGCUGAAUCGCCACAGCUUCUGCAACAUGCACAAGGCCAUAGACCUCCUUCCUGAUACAAGAAGAGUGCUUCCAGACCUUAAAAACUGUGGAGUUCCUGUGAAUAACAUCCGCUAUGAGAAGCUGAAUACAAAGCAGCAGUCAGCCAUUGACUUUAUCACGGGGAAUUCCAAUCUCAAGAAAUUUGUGGCACCGCUUCUCAUCUAUGGACCAUUUGGAACUGGGAAAACAUUCACCCUUGCUACAGCAGCCAGAGAGCUUUGUAAGCAGCCUCACAACAAAGUGCUCAUUUGCACCCACACCAACAGUUCUGCAGAUCUGUACAUCAGAGAUCACUUGCAUCCAUUCAUCGACAAGAAAAAUAAUGGAAUGAGGCCCAUUAGAAUAAAAGCAAACAAACAAGGGAGUGCUUUGUCUGCCACAGAUGAGAUUACUCUGAAGUACUGUUUACUUUCAGAAGAUGGACAGUAUUUUCUACCACCUACAAAAGCUGCCCUAGAUCGCCACAAAAUAGUCAUAACCACCACAACAAUGGCAAGACAUUUUCAUGACCUAAAGCUCCCAGAGGGAUACUUCACCCACAUACUGAUCGAUGAAGCCUCCCAGAUGCUAGAAUGUGAAGCCUUGAUGUCUCUUGCGCUUGCUGGGCCAAACACCAGAGUUGUUUUGGCUGGAGAUCACAUGCAAAUGGGACCCAAGCUUUUCUCGGUGGAUGAUCAUCAUCGAUCAAAUCAUACACUCCUUAAUCGCCUGUUCCACUACUAUCAAGGCCAAAAGUGUGAUGCUGCCCAAAACAGUAGAAUCAUUUUCAGUGAAAACUACCGCUCAACCAAAGAAAUCGUGGAGUUUGUGUCCACCCAUUUUUAUGUUGGUAAGAAUGAUGUCAUCAAAGCCACUGCAAAUAUUCCGGCUCCUGCAAAAGGCCAUGCCCUGAAGUUUUACCAUGUGAGAGGAGAGUGUGUCUUGGACACUGUGUCUAUGUCUUGGUAUAACUCAAAAGAGGUUGCCAAAGUGGUUGAAGCAGCGAGAGAGAUUCUUGAACACUGGCCAUUGACCUGGGGGACCAAGGACCAAAGUUCAAUAUGUGUUCUAUCAGAGGGAUCUCAGGUACGGCAAAUUAGGGCAGCCCUUUCAAGAAGAGGCCUCGCUGAAGUCCACGUUGAGAAUCUUGCAAAUGUGCAAGGCAAACAGUUCAGGGCAGUGAUAAUGACAGCUGUACAAACCCGUGACAGCCUGAAAACAUCUCACUUGCCUGGUCUGGAGCUGUUCAAUGAUGCCCGUGUGUUAAACACUGCAAUGACUAGGGCUCAGUCCCUUGUGGUUGUGGUUGGAGAUGCUGCUGCACUUGCUUGCUUUGGAAAAUGCUCAGCAGUUUGGAAGAGCUACAUAGACCAUUGCAUCAGCAACAGCAGUGCUGAACCACAGCAUUUCACCAAAGAUUUCUUUGAAAAAGAUGUUACGGAAACAGCAAGGUUUCAAAAGCCUGAACAUGUGGAUGAGAACAACACCUUCAGUGAUAAAAUUCUUCAAGAGUUGAAAGAUGAAUAUGAACAGCUGAAGACAGAAUAUAGUUCAGAUGAAGACAGAUUGAAAUUUGCAGAUUUCGACCACCAAAAGUCAAGAUCAGUGUACAAUAUCCAUGAUGAUGAUGCAGACAUUGUGGGGUUGUGUAAAAAGCAACCAGAGAUGUACAAGCAAGGAAAGCUGGUCAGGGAAGUGCAUAACAGAGGUUAUGUCAUACCAUUUUGUAAUCCCGCCAUACGUAUCAACAUCAAGGGAAAGGCAAACCUGGGUAGGGUUUUCACUGGAGAUGAAGUGGUCUUACAAACGGCAAGGGUAGUCAGCAUCACCAAAGAAGCUGAAUCAGCUCGUGUACAGGUGUGCUUGCUUGAGGAUGAGGAUUACAGCAAACCAAGACAUAAUUCUGAUAGCAAAUUUGUCAGAAGAACGAUGAUGCCCAUUACAAAAUCUGCACCGAAAAUAUGCAUACAUAUCAGCAAGAACAGACGUAACUUCAUUCCAAUAUGGGAGCAAAUUAAUGGAAGCUGGACGAUUGCAGCAUAUGAACGGCUUGAUGAAAACCUCAAACAAAACAAUGUAUUUGUGGUGCAAGUGAUUGGCUGGAAAGAAAAUUGUAAUAUUCCCUUGGGGAAUGUCAUAGAUAUUGUUCCAAUCGGACAUUCUUUGAUUGAUGGACUAAAGAUCCUGAAUGAAGAAUUCAAAAUUGCACUCAACACAUGUAAAUUAGACGAGGGUCUCUCCCACAAAGAUGAAGACUUGACACACAGGAAGGACAUAACUGACAUUAUGAGUUUCACUGUUGAUCCAAAAGACGCAAAAGACUUGGAUGAUGCCAUCAGUGUCAGGGAAAUAGGAGACCAGUAUGAGUUGGGAGUCCAUAUUGCAGAUGUGGCAAGCUUUGUGAGUCCAGGUGGUACCUUGGAUGAGGCUGCAAAACAACGUGGUGCUACGUAUUACUGCAGUAAGGAAAACCCCAUGCAUAUGUUCCCUGACAACUUGAUCACCAGACACUUCAGUCUUCUGUCAGGUGAAGUUCGCAGGGUGGUUUCAUUGAUGUUCACAGUGGACAAGAAAAUGCAUGAGAUCAUUGGAAAGCCAAAAUUCCAGCUGUCAUUGAUCAAGUCGAAGCAGCAGUUGUCUUAUGAAGAAGCAGAGGACAUGAUCUCUACAAGAUAUAAAGAGACACCUAAAUUUCACUCUGUGGAAGACUGUGUCACAGUGGCUUAUUGCUUUGCAAAAGCUCAAAGGAAAAUUAGACUUGCGGAUUGGGCUUAUUCUCAACCUGAUGACCACAGAUUGCCUGGAAAGCGCAAAGCCAAUCUGAUGAUUGAAGAGCUGAGUGUCUUAUUCAAUACACUUGCAUCUGAGACUUUGAUUGGUUCAGAGAAAACCAGGUGUUGCACACCCCUUCGCUGUCAAGCAAAGCCAGAUCCUGAAAAGAUAAAGGAAUUCAAGGAGAACUGCGGAGAGUUAAUACCACUGUCCUUUCAUGUGCGGCACAGAAUUGACCAUGAUGAACAAGCCCCAAACUGUGAAAACUUCCGCAUACUCACAGAAGUAUGGGAAGACAUACAAUCAGCUGCCAGAGAAAAUGACAUAGACAAAAUGGUGGACCUGAUUGCUGCCGAUGACAUCCACCCUCUGCUCAAACCAGUUGUUGAUCAGUUCAGAAGGUGCUCUAGUAAAGCUGAAGUGAUCUGUUCCAAGUAUUACUCCAAAGCACAGGUUGGGCAUUAUUCUCUGAAUGUAAGAUCUUACACACAAGCGUCCUCGCCAAUACGGCGGUACAUGGACAUCAUCUUGCAGAGACUUUUGCAUUCAUUCAUAUGUGACAGGGAUGUCCAAUACACAACACGAGAGAUAACGACCUUGUGCAAUGAAUUUGAAGACAAACUCAAGAAUGCCAAGGAGUAUGAACAAAAAGCUGAGCAGAUCUCCUAUGCAGUGAGCAUGAGAAAUCAAAGUGCUUCAAAGCUAGCCUUUGUAGUCUGUCCCAAAGGAGAUAGUUUUGCAGUGGCAUUUCCUUUUAACAAGAACAUAUUUACAGAGAGUGUAUCAAUCAUGUACAAAGAUUUACAAUUGUUUGACCAACCGAGUUAUGAUGAGGCAAAUGACUGCAUCAUUCUUACAUGGAAAAGGCGGAUCUAUGCUGUUGACAACAUGCAAAUCCAUCAAGAACUGAAAAUGCCAGACUGUGGUGCCUGGGUUGAGCUCCCGAUGGCAAAAUGGAAAGCCACUAUUGAAGCAAUUGACAAUGACAACUGGGAUCAUGCAAAGUUUCUCACAAUGGAUGCUGAUACAAAUCCACUUGAAAGACAAAAUGUCCUGUCACAAUCACCUGAGAUGCCUCAUUCCAAGACUAACGCAUGUACCCUCGGAGAGCAAAAGGAACAAAGGGAGCAUGAGGUUGACAUCAAACUUUAUUUGCAGAGAGGUGACACCCUUCAGAUCCAAAUGACAACAGAGGUGAAAAGAGGUUAUCACAUGCCUGCUGUUCAGUUGGUGCGCAUUAAACCAAAGUUUGAGAUUUGCGUGCACCAUGUACACAGCCCUAUCACAUGCUUCUCCAGAUCUGCAGAUGAUCCAUCAAGGAUUUUUUAUAGCAACACCAAGGAGUAUGUACGGAUCUGGAAGCCGUUGUGUGAGAUGGAAUCUGCUUCCACUGCAGUGGAUGAAAGUGACAGCAUAGUCAUUGAGAACCUGGUGGUAAACUUCAAACAAGAGCAGGAAGGCAUACUAACAGGAAGCUUCUUCUUACCUCUGGCAUGGAUCAAUGAAUGGGCCAUUGAAUGUAACCUUUCAAAGUGUUUACUGUGCAUACGGAAAAGAGGUUUGAAGUUGAGUUCAACCCCAGAACAUUCUGCACUGGUGGACCCAAGAGAGUUCACAUGGGUGGCCCAUGGUGUCACGCGAAAAGUAGACCAACAGAAAAACCCUUCAAAUGAAGGUAGUAAAGUGGAGUUCUAUGUCAAUCACCUGGCAAUGGAGACCAUUCCUGAUUGUGUCUUUCAGAAAAACACCUGUUUCACAGUUGAAAUAAUCCCAAAGCUUCUGCCUGACAUCCGGAAAGAAAAUGCUGUUGUCAGCAUUACAUCUGCAUCUGAUCUUGUCAAGUCUAUAGCACUUGGAACACACAUUCCAAGAGAGGUAAGACCAAUGUGGCACAACAUGAGAAGAGAGCUGCCAAAUGAACUACCAGCGUUUAACCUGAGUCAGCACCUUGCUGUGGAGAAAGCGCUAAAUAAUACCUUCACACUUAUACAGGGACCACCUGGAACUGGAAAGACAGUAGUGGGUGUGUACAUAGUGUACUGUUUCUUUGAGCUGAACUCUAAGAACCAAAGGAAAUUUGUUGACCCAAUGGAUGCGAACAAGAAACAAGUUAUUCUCUAUUGCGGUCCGUCCAACAAGUCUGUUGAUGUUGUUGCAGAGUACUUGUUGAGGUUUGGGGACAGACUAAGGCCCCUAAGGGUCUACAGCCAACAAGUGGAGAUGCUUGAUUAUCCCUAUCCAGACUGCACUCUUCAGUUUUCCCAGAGGUCACUCCGCCAAGAAUGUGCCAAACAAGAGCUCAGGAGCAUCACUCUGCAUCACCGCAUGCGACAGGACACCAACCCAUAUUCAAGUCAAAUAAAAGAUUUUGAUCAACGCAUUAAACUUGCCCUCAACAAAGAAGGAGAGGAGCUGACUGCUGAAGAAGUGAAAGUAUACAAAAAACUUCUCAGAGAUGCUCGGAAACAUGAGCUUGAACGGCAUGAUAUCAUACUGUGCACAUGUACACAGUCUUCUACUCCAAGUUUGACCAAGACAGUCAGUGCACGUCAGAUCCUUAUCGAUGAAUGCGGAAUGGCCACUGAACCCCAGGCCUUGAUCCCAUUAGUCUGCAACAAACCAGAAAAGAUCGUUUUGAUUGGUGACCACAAACAGUUACGACCCAUUGUGAAGAAUGAGCGUGUGAGGAAGAUGGGAAUGGCCAAGUCUCUGUUUGAACGCUACUACACAAUACACAAGAAAAGGGCAGUGAUGCUGGACACCCAGUACAGAAUGCAUAAGAACAUAUGCGAGUUCCCAUCAAAAGAAUACUAUGAGGGAAAACUGAACACUGGGGUGGAGCAGCCAAGCAGCGUCCUGCAUGUUGCCAACAAGACAAUGCCAAUCGUUUUUGGGGACAUCAUCGGAAAAACCAUCAGUUUGGUUGUCAGCACAGCCAAGGGCAACGAGAAUUCUAAAGCAAACCAAGAGGAGAGAGACAAAGUGGUUGACAUUGCUGAAAAGCUGGUGAAGGAUGCCAAAGUUGAACAGCAAAGUAUCGCCAUUCUGUCGCCGUAUAAUGCACAAGUUUCAGAAAUCAAGGAAAAGCUGAGGGAGAAGGGAAUGGAUGAAAUCACCAUUACCACAAUCACUAAAAGCCAAGGAAGUGAAUGGCGUUACGUCAUCAUUUCUACAGUGUGCUCUCUGCCGAGUGAAGAGAUUGAGCGUGAACCAGAUGGAUCUUGGCUGUCCAGAAAUCUGGGCUUUGUGGGCGAUCCCAACCAGAUAAAUGUGGGCAUCACCAGGGCCAAGGAGGGACUGUGCAUCAUUGGGAACCAAAUGCUGCUGAACUGCAGUAGAUCUUGGAGACAGCUUCUGAACCAUUACAAGCUUCACAAUGCAGUGACCAACGCAGACAAGAUUUCAGUGUAUUCCACCACAUAGCUGAUGACAUCCGUUCUCCUGAAGAAACAAGAUUUCUGCAAGCAGCGAUACAGAGCUCCUACACUGAGGACAACUUCAUGAAAUAUGUGUAGACAUUUUGUUUUUUUCUAUGAUGCUGCAAUGACUUUUUGUAGUCUUUUUUUUUACAGUAUUAAAGCACGUUUUGGAGUUUUUGAUAUUAUUUUUUAAAGGUUUUUUUAACACCUUUCUCUUUAAUGUGUAUGCAUUUGUAAGUAGGAAAUCCAUCAACUUGUAUUGUAUGAUGUGCUAAUUAAAUUUUUUAGGUUUAAAGACAGAAGUCUGGAUUUUCUAAAUUGUUUUCUUAUUUUAUAUUUGUUACUAUUGUAUUUAAGAAAGGAUGCAGGCCAUAAUAAAGUCUUAAUCAUGCAACGUUAACUUUAAUUAUAGACAGAAGACAGAGUUCAGCUGUUGUUGUUUGGAUGUGUUUUUCUAUCCAUUUUUUUUAUUAUUCAGUUGAAAUGCAUUCCAUUGUAUUUAUUGCUGGAUGAAAAUCACCUCCAGUGAGACAUCGUUCCUCUUAAUUGAUAACUGAGUCAGCAUUUGUUUUCUUUGCAGGACAGCUGACCUUAACACUUGAACUUCCUCGCUAUUCAGUGAACAUACACUGUAGUUUUUUUUUUAAUGUUUGACUUUUCACGUAAUUGCUUUUAAUGGAUUUUAAUGUUAUAUGUUCAGGGAUUAGCUUCAGCUACAGAAAUGUUAAGAGAUUCAUGUUGUCUUUUUUUACACUCAAUGAUUUUUGAAAAUGUGUGUUUAAAUAUAUAAAAUCAUUCCAACAGUU